AUGGGAGGUGUACAACGUAUGUCAGAGUUGGUGUUUAUGGUACUCUGUCGUAAAUUGGGUACCUCGGAACAGGUAACCAUGAGGAGAGAUAUAAGUGAUUUCAGAGAAAUGAUGAUUUCGUCCUUUGAAGCAAGCAAAGAUUUUCAUGUAAUAUUGAGUGGAAGUCAUAAAGAAGGAUUUAGACUGGAUGAAUCUGAUAGAGACGCUAUGAUUUCGCUUGAUAACUAUCGGGUGAUUUGGAAUUUACCUCAGACUUGGGGUUACCACAGGCAUACACUGUUUCUGUCUGACUGUUCCGAAAGCCCGCCUGGAUACACGCUGCUUCAGUUACUUUUACCAGCCAAACUAACAACAAAAAUAUGGAAAUCAUGCUUCAAUAUGUAUGGAAGAUACUAUUUAUCUAGUUCUAAAUUUAGACAAAAUAUGCUUUUUCCAUCCAGGCCGGACUCUCACGUUCAUGGACCAUGUAGGAGUGGAAAUUUCAAAGGAAUAGAAUUUGAUGAUGCUUACUGUAUUCCAUGUGAUUUCUGGCCUCCAUCUGCAUUGGCAUGGAUCGACAGAAGUUACUCCUGGCCGAGCCCCGGUGUUAUUGAUGAUAUUAUCAGAAAAGGAUGUCACUUUGUUGCAAUAGGGCACAAACUAGGAAAUCAUGAGGAAAAUGAAUGGAGAAUUUCAUUUGCUUAUGCAGAACAACAACUCGUGUACUCCAUGAACCAUUGUCAAUUUCUCACGUACGGUUUACUCAAACUAAUUCUUAAAGAAAUUAUUACGAAAAAUGUAGCAGAGGGCUUACUUUCCUCUUAUCACAUGAAAACAGCAGUAUUUUGGGUGAUUCAGCAAAAUGUAAUACCUUAUUGGUAUCCUGAAAAUCUUCUGGAGUGCUUCUGGGUCUGCUUCAAACUUCUUCUUCAGUGUGUGUAUGAAGGCGUGUGUCCUAACUUUUUCAUCCCGAAAAACAACAUGUUUUUAACUAAAAUGGUUGGUAAAUCUCAAAGAGAGCUAUUCUUAGAAUUGCAUGGACUGUAUGAGAAAGGUAUAGCUUUACUGCAGCAGAGUUACUCUAUCAGAUCCUUUACUGUAGAUUUUUUCUGUAAUCCUAGACAAUGGAUCCCUUUUAAUCAACAAAGUGAGGACUGGGAGAUCGAGUUUGAUUCAGACCUAUUUAGAGAGAUAUGUAAUAACGAUGCAAUAUUUUCACAAAACCUCCACCGCUGUAUGCACCUCCUACGAUCGAUGGAAUAUACGAUAAAUUUACGUCUUAAAAACUAUACAAACUAUCAAAUUCUCAUGGCACAGAAACUCACAGUUACCAUUCUCCAAAGCACAGCUUUUUUGUUACACAGUCGGUGCGCCAAUAUAAUUAAGAACAAGAAAAUGUAUAAAGCUGACAAGAUAUCAUGUUAUAUGUUGAAACUUGCUGCAAAAUUGGGGUUUGUUUCUGAUAAAUUAUACCUUGUGAUGUAUUAUUACAAGACUUUUAGACACAUAAAAGCAAGAAAGAUCCUAGAGAUAGCAAAUAUCGAAUUUCAGGAACCAUAUCUGAUGUAUAUGAGUGACGCGGACGAUAUAUAUACUGCAGAAGUUGGGGGACAGUCUUUUUCAACAAAGAUGCGGAGAGCUGUUGUAGGGGACAUCAGGCUCUCUUCAAACAUCCAUUAUAUUGAUGAAUUAAUGCAAGAGCAGCGUUUAAUGGGUCAAAUCGAGGGAACUAUACAUAUAUCUCCAUUUGUAAUGUUACUGAUGCUAGAAUUCUUAUGUUACAGACAAUUUGAUAAACAAAUCGCGGCAGUGGCCAUAUAUGAUUUAAAGAAUAUAGUUGCAGAGGGAGAUUUUAUUCGUCCCUGUACUAGAGACAUAUGUUGGCAGAUCUUAGGAAUUUGUCAACAGCUCCAAGGGGAUCUUUGGGGUGCCCUGGAGUCAUAUGUCGAAGCAGUUAAAGAGUUUCCCUUCCACAACCUGAAAAAUGCCACGAAGUUGAGGAUACAAAGUAUAGAUAAAUGA